AUUAGCUUGUAUAGAGUUUAUUUAAUUGCAUCUUUCUUUAUCUUCAUUUUUUCUGGUCCUCUGUACUCUUAGAGUAGAGAAGUGGGGUUAAAUCUUAGGAUGCAAAAAAGUCGUACUGCCCCAGCUCUCAUGUGCUUCUAUUUCUUGGAGUGGUAGAACUUAAAGAGAAAAGGGAGCUAAGGUGUCUUGCAUAUAGUGCUCUUUGAGUCUAUAUUAUUUUGUUUCCUUUUUUAUUCUACAGAUAAGAGAGAGUCUACCAGUUUCCAGGAGAUUAAGAGAAUGAAAAGAAUUUCUGAGUAAUUAGAUUGCUCAUGAGAGAGAAUGAAAACUUAUGAGUGAUCCCUGAAACUUCUUACUCAAUAUUUUCUAGCUCAGAGACAACUUGGAGCAGACAUUUCAACUCUGUAAACUUCAGUUCGGACGUAAAUUCCAAGUUUGCCUUAUGUGUCACUGGCUCAGCAGAUGGCACCACCUAGUCCAAGCAGCAGCACCCCGAACAGCAGCAGCGGGAGCAACGGGAACGACCAGCUGAGCAAAACCAACCUGUAUAUCCGAGGGUUGCAAGCAGGCACUACUGACCAGGACCUUGUCAAGCUGUGUCAGCCAUAUGGCAAGAUUGUCUCCACUAAGGCCAUCCUGGACAAGACCACAAACAAAUGCAAAGGCUAUGGCUUUGUGGAUUUUGACAGCCCUUCAGCAGCACAGAAAGCUGUGACAGCACUGAAAGCCAGUGGUGUGCAGGCCCAGAUGGCAAAGCAACAGGAGCAGGACCCCACAAAUUUAUACAUCUCAAACCUCCCCCUGUCAAUGGACGAGCAAGAACUAGAAGGGAUGCUGAAGCCAUUUGGCCAGGUUAUCUCCACCCGAAUCCUUCGAGACAACAGUGGGACCAGCAGAGGGGUUGGCUUUGCAAGGAUGGAAUCCACGGAAAAGUGUGAAGCCAUCAUCACCCACUUUAAUGGAAAAUAUAUUAAGACACCCCCUGGAAUACCAGUCCCAUCUGAUCCCUUGCUUUGCAAAUUUGCUGAUGGUGGACCAAAGAAACGACAGAACCAGGGAAAAUUUGUGCAAAAUGGACGAGCAUGGCCAAGGAAUGGCGACAUGGGUGGAAUGGCCUUGACCUAUGACCCUACUGCUGCUCUUCAGAAUGGGUUUUACCCAGCCCCUUAUAAUAUCACUCCCAACAGGAUGCUUGCUCAGUCUACACUCUCUCCUUAUCUUCCGUCUCCUGUGUCUUCAUAUCAGAGAGUGACUCAGACAUCUCCUCUACAAGUCCCUAACCCGUCUUGGAUGCACCACCAGUCGUACCUCAUGCAGCCUUCAGGUUCAGUUCUAACACCAGGAAUGGACCCCCCCAUUUCUCUUCAGCCUGCCUCCAUGAUGGGACCCCUUACCCAGCAACUGGGCCACCUCUCCUUGAGCAGCACGGGCACGUAUAUGGCAACAGCAGCAGCUAUGCAAGGUGCUUACAUCUCCCAGUACCCCCCCGUGCCUUCUUCCAGUGUUGCGGUUGAGGAGAGCAGCGGCCAGCAGAAUCAAGUGGCGGUGGAGACGCCCUCAGACCACGGGGUCUAUUCCUUCCAGUUCACCAAGUAACAGUGGGAGUCUCCUCCCGUUUAAACACAGAAAUGAGUUCUUGGAGGUUCUGAUGCUCCCAGAAGGGGUUCACCAGGAAAUCAGACCAUCUACAGGCCCUGCUGAGGACUAACAUUUGGCCAUCGCUUUUCAUAGGCCUGGGCCUGGAAAAGAAAUCUCUGCGCUUCAGCCCUCUGCUGGUCCAUGGUCGAUAGAGCCUGGGGGAACCAUCAUUUUUUGUGUGUGCUACAUUCAAGAAAAUCAAAAAAACUUUUUUUCUUUUGCAAAAUGUUUUUGUUCGAAACUUUCUCCCUAUCCCAAAAAGACAUGGUAGCUGGAGCUUCUUUUUAUAGUUAUAAAAAAACAGUUUAUGGAUUGGAAUUAUUUGAGGAGGCUUUUUAAACAAUUUGUUAUUAUUUCUUUAAAUACAAAAUGGAAAAAUGUGGUGCUAGAAUAUUGAUGAAGGAGCCCUCCGUAGGUCGGUUAUGGACUUUCUCAGUACAUGUGUAUGUGUACAGGAAAAUAUGCAGGCUUUUUCAUAUUUUAGUUUUGUAAAGCUCUCAGCUCGUACACCCUGUCUCUUCACAUAUUCUCUCUUCUUUUUCUCAUCCAGAUUGCUCUUUUUCUCUUUUCCAUAUAGCUGACCCUGCCUAAUUUGUCCUUUUAUAGUUUUAAAGUUUGUGAAUUUCAUUUUUGAAUGAAAUCCUAUAUGGUAUUUUGGGGUGCAGGGCAAGGAACAAGGUGGAACACUAGGCAGGUCAUGGAAGCGGCUUCUUUUCCUCCUGCCACACCCUGGGAGAAGGGCCUAGACUGGCUUCAGGACGCAGAGAUAUGACGUAGGCUCAUUAAAGAGACAACCCCACAGCCUUCAGAAGCCUCCUUUGAGCCAAACUUGAAGAUUAGGUCUUCCCUGGCCAGUUGCAGAAGGAUGGACUGACUGACUUACAAUUCUUCUUACUGCCAAGGCCAACGCCCCCUGAGGAAGUGUCUUUUCCAGCUGCAGCUCUUUGGGAAUACCUGCUUUCCUGCCUCCCGGAGGAUCUUUUCUGCCUCAUGUCACAUUGCCCAACUUGUUCCUGUUACACAUCGCUGUGCUCAGAGCCUUUGCAGCUGUGACCUUGCUAAAUCCACUUAGGUUCCUUCCCUGCUAUGGAGAUCUGCUGCUGCAUCUAUAGACCAGUGGUUCUCAGCUGGGGGUGGUUUUGUGACUGUUGUCAACAUCUAGAAACAUUUUCGAUCAUCAUGCCUUGGUUUGGAGGUGUGUGUGCUAUUGACACCUAGUGGUUGGGGGCCAGGGAUGCUGCUAACAUCCUACAGUGCACAGGACAAUCCCCGCCACCCCCCAAAAAAGAAUUAUCUGGCUCAAGACGUCAAUAGCACCAAGUUUGAGAAACUUUGAUGUAGACGAAAUUGACCCUGCCUCCUGGAGCGAGGCAAAUUCUUUCCCCAGCCCUGGACACACACAGUGCCUUUUGACACUUAUGAAACUGGGACAGAACUGGGAUCUUUAAAUGCUCCCAGGCUUCAAACUUUGACAUCUCUGCAUACACCAAAAGUUAUCCUUGAGAGGCUUGUGGCAACCAUGCACCUGUGAGACACGCACCUGCACUCAGAGGGAUGGUGGUGGGGCCUGGUCUGUG